AGCCGCUGAUUCCAGCUCCCGCGCGGUCUCACUUCUGGGGAUCAUGGCAGCCGCCUGCAGCGCGCAGCGGCGGCCGUCGCCGCAAUCUCCGGCGCGGCUGUGCGAGGAAGAGGGCCUCCCGGACGGGCUGUUGCGGCGGCGGUUUGGCAGCCUCAUCUGGCGGGUGGGAGCUGACCUGCAGAUGAGCCCGACGGGUACCGCGACCGCCGCGCUGUACUUUCAGCGCUUCCUCCUGGUCGCGCCGAGCAGUGGCGAGGAGGGCUUCAGCACGCUUCGCGCGGCCAUGUCGUGCGUCUGGCUGGCCUCGAAGACGCUGGAGGAGCCGCAGAGGCUCCGGGACGUGGCCAACGCGUUCCUCGCCCUCGAGGCGCGGAGCGCCGGCCGGGGCGCGCCCGUGCUCGAGAUGGAGGCCUACUGGGCCCUGCGCGACGAGGUGGUGUGGCACGAGCAGGUGGUGCUCAGGGCGAUGGCAUUCGAUGCGGAGCCGACGCCGGCCUACGCGCUCCUGGCCGAGCUGGGGCAGGUGCUGUGCGGCGCCGGGGAGGCGCGCGGCGUCCCGGCGCUCGCGUGGGCGCUGCUGAACGACGCUUUCUGCAGCGAGGCUUGCGCGGUGUGGCCGCCAGCACCGCUGGCCGCGGCCUGCCUGCUGCUGGCGGUGGAGCUCGGCCGCCGCGCGCCGUGGCUACGGGGCGAAGCCGAGCGCGUGAGGGGCCGGCUGGCGCGGCUGUGCCGGGAGCCAGGUGAGCUGGGCCGGACAGGAGUGGCGGAGCAGAAAUAGCCGCUCAGAACGUGUAGCUGAUCCUUCGCGAGCAGGAACAAAAAAAACAGCCCUCAAAGUUGUUUGAGGUACGUGCGGGUUUCUCGCUUGGGGGCGCAACCCCAACCCGGGAAAUCCGCGCGGAGCUUCGAAAGCUUGGGUUGAUGCAGUUGUCUGUCAUCCCAAGGCCUGGAGGACUUCCUCGGCCUCGGGGCCAGUUCGGGCGGACCCGACCUGGAGGACAUCUGCCGGGACCUGCUGGCGGUGUACGAAGUGGACGCUGUAUCGGCGACCUCGUGCAGCGCAGUCAUCGGAUGAAAAGUCGGAGCUGCGGGCGCCCAUCGAGGCCACUUUGUGAUCCGAUCGAUCCGAGUCGAUGUUGAUGUCUGCCAGCUUUGCUCUGCCCGCUUCUUGUUGUCGC